UUGGUAUUUCAGUAGACAGUGGAGUUUUACCAGAUCCGACUAUACGACUGGUCAAUGAAUAAGAAUGAAGUUGAUUAUCCGUGAUACGAAGGAUGAUGUAGCAGAGUGGGCCGCUAAGUAUAUCAUCAAAAGAAUCAAUGAGUUUGCUCCGGGUCCUACAAGAUAUUUUGUGCUCGGGUUACCUACCGGAGGAACUCCUCUUCCAAUGUAUUCUAACCUGGCAAGAGCACAUAAAGCUGGAAAGGUUUCCUUCAAGUACGUGAAAACCUUCAAUAUGGAUGAGUAUGUAGGAAUACCAGAGGAUCAUCCUGAAAGCUACCAUAGGUACAUGUUUGAUAACUUCUUCAAGCAUAUUGAUAUAUCCCCUGACAACGUGAAUAUACUGAACGGGAAUGCUCCGAACCUGAAGAAGGAAUGUGAGGAUUAUGAAGCGAAGAUAAAGGAAGCGGGAGGAAUUGAGCUGUUUGUAGGUGGAAUAGGUCCUGACGGUCAUAUUGCCUUCAAUGAGCCUGGUUCCUCCCUUGUCUCCAGGACUAGGGUGAAAACUCUAGCUCAGGAUACAAUACUUGCAAACGCCAGGUUCUUUGGCGGAGAUAUCAACGCUGUUCCUAAACAGGCUCUAACUGUUGGGGUUGGCACUGUAAUGGAAGCUCAAGAAGUUCUUGUUCUAAUCACAGGGGCAAAUAAAUCAUAUGCUCUUUAUAAGGCCAUUGAGGAGGGAGUGAGCCACAUGUGGACUGUAUCAGCCUUUCAGCAGCAUGGAAACACACUCAUGGUCUGCGACGAGGACGCAACCCUAGAGCUUAGGGUCAGGACGGUCAAAUAUUUCAAGGAUAUGUGGUCGGUUCAUCAAAGUCUGAAUGAGGAUCUAUCUGAGAAGGCGAUGAAAAAACUCUCCUUCUAACUAGAACACGGAAUGGAAUGUCGUCUUCAACUAUUUCCAUCCUCGGUUCAAAUGUUAUCCAGCAUGAAUCUGAAUUGUGUCAAGUUUGUGCGUCAAUCAGACAAAAAUCAAUAGUUUGUGCUUAGAAGUUAAAAUAAAUAUCUAUUAUAUAAA